UUUUCGUCUGUUUUGCUCUGACGUCAGCAGUGAUCAGUUUGAAUGUGCUGAGUGGUUGUUGCAUUUUAUUUGUACUUUCAGUCUACAGCUGCACAGUUCCAGUUACUGUCCUUUAACCUUUUUAGAAGGGUAAUUUUUAAAAUGUUAUUGCCGUUUAGUUUGUUGUGGGAACAAAGUGAGAAGUGUUUGCAGCUAACUGUAGCUGUCUACGCCGCAUGUUGUAAUGUUCUGAGUUCAUGUUUACUAUUUUCCCGACAGGCCGGAAGCAGACAGUUAUUGUCGUGUAUGCUCCAGGAUGCCUCAGAGGCGUUAGUGGCACCGGGCCCAGUCAGAGAUGAGUUGCGGGAGGCUUCACGUCAAAAUUAAGCGAGUUUGCGCGAGGAAGAGGUCGCGAGACUUUCUUGAGACUCGCCUGAUCCUUGUCCGAAAGGAGGGGAGAGGAGGAGGAAGAGGAGCCGGGUCAACGAAAUGCCUCCUCUCUAGGAGGAGCAGCAGCACCAUGGCAGAACAUGGAGCUGUGGAGUUCUGCAGCGACAGUGAAGAUCUGUUUGGUGACUAUGACAGCAUCCUGGAGGACACCUCCAUCCUCGCAAAGUUGGAGGAAGUAGAACAGCAUGAAAGACUGCGAUCAGAGAACCUGCAGAGUUUCAGGACUCUGCAGCCUUCCGCAGACCCCAUGUCCCAGUCCCCCAAGGGCCCACUCACUGACUCGGUGUUCCAUGAGCUGGAGGACAAGGUGUUUGAGGACCUGCCAUCCAGUCAGCUGCAGUUUCAGGAACAAAUCCAAGAUCGGGCAAAGAAAAGCAAGCUGCAGGUCCGAAACAAAACCUCUACGCCUUCUCACACUGAGGCUGCAGGAGAAACAAACUCUGAGGAUGGAAGCAGGAGACACAGCAAGGCGAGGAGGAGUGUGGCAGACCUUCUGAAGAAGACCAUGCUGGGGAACGCAGUGACUCCUGUCAGUGUGUCUCGGACGGCGUUGCUGAAGGAGGCGGUUGUUUCUGAGGAGAUCAGUGUCGCCAUGCAGGCUAUGGAAACCAUAUCAGCUGAGACUCUAGACCUCGGGCCGUUCUUUGGACUCCCUAGCAAGGUCAAAGAGCUGAUGCACAAGCUGAGAGGAAUCCAGAAGUUAUACGACUGGCAGGAGGCGUGUCUGAACCUGGAGUGUGUUCAGCAGAGGAGGAACCUGAUUUACUCACUUCCUACCAGCGGAGGGAAGACCCUGGUGGCAGAGAUCCUCAUCCUCAGAGAGCUACUGUGCAGGAGGAAGGACUGUUUGUUCAUCUUACCGUACAUAUCACUGGUGCAGGAGAAGGUACGUGGGCUGGCUACCUUUGGCCUGGAGCUGGACUUCAUGGUGGAGGAGUACGCUGGCAGCAAAGGCAAGUUUCCACCUGUGAAGAGAAGAAACAAGAGAUCCCUGUACAUCGCUACCAUAGAGAAGGCCCACAGCCUGGUCAACUCGCUGAUAGAAAGCAGCAGGCUGGACCACCUGGGGCUGCUGGUGGUUGAUGAGCUUCACAUGCUGGGCGACGGCAGCAGAGGGGCUGUGAUCGAAAUGACUCUGGCCAAGGUUCGGCACAUGAGCAAAGCAACCCAGAUUAUUGGAAUGAGCGCCACCCUGGGGAACAUCAAGGACCUGCAGACGUUUCUGGGGGCAGAAAAUUACACAAAUAACUUCAGGCCAGUUCAGCUGAAAGAAUAUGUCAAACUGAACGACACCAUAUAUGAAGUUGACCCGAAGGAGGAAAACUGCUUCAGAUUCUCCAGAAUGUUGAACUUUAAAUACUCCAGCUCCAUGCAGAAGAUUGACCCAGACCACAUCAUCGCCCUGGUAACAGAAGUCAUCCCUCUGCAUUCAUGUUUGGUCUUCUGUCCUACAAAGAAAAACUGUGAGAAUGUUGCAGGAAUGAUCUGCAAGUACCUAAAAGAAGACUUUCUGCAGCACCGUGAGGCUGAGAAGGCCGUCCUGCUCCAGGAGCUGAAGGCCGGUGGGAACGGCUCCAUGUGCCCGGUGCUGAGGAGGACCGUGCCCUACGGCGUGGCCUAUCACCACAGCGGCCUCACCGCCGAGGAGAGGAAGCUGGUGGAGGAGGCCUACUCCAGAGGCGUUCUCUGCCUGCUGGCCUGCACCUCCACCCUGGCAGCAGGAAUCAACCUGCCAGCCCGCAGGGUGAUCCUGCGCUCCCCUUAUGUGGCUACGGACUUCCUGAAGAGGAGCCAGUACAAACAAAUGGUGGGCAGAGCGGGUCGGGCUGGGAUCGACACCAUCGGGGAGAGCAUCCUCAUCCUGCAGGAGAAGGACAGGAGCAUGGCCAAAGAGCUGGUGUGUGCCCCCAUGGAGAGCUGCUAUAGCAACCUGUUGCAGGACGAUGGGAAAGGCAUCCUCAGUCUGAUCCUAUCACUGAUUGGAUUAAACAUCUCCUCAUCGCUGCAGCAGGUGGAGCAGUUCCUGCGUGGGACGCUGCUGUUUGUGCAGCAGCAGCAGCUGUGUGUGGAGCGCAGCCUGUGGGACACCGUCCAGCGCUGCGUGGCCACGCUGCAGGAGAAGGAGCUCAUCACCAACACAGCAACACACUCUCCAUCGCUGCAGGUCACCAGACUGGGCAGGGCAACCUACAAAGGCUCAGUGGAUCUGUCCUACUGCUCUGUUCUGUAUAAAGACCUGUUGAAAGGUCUGGAGGGGCUGCAGCUCAGCAGCCACCUGCACCUGGUCUACCUGGUGACCCCCUACGAUCUGGUCCCCCAGUGCAACCCUGACUGGAUGGUUUACUUCAGACAGUUCACCCUCCUGUCUGCUUCAGAGCAGAAGAUGUCUGCUGCUGUCGGAGUCCCAGAGAGCUUCGUGGCCCGGAAGGCUGCAGGACAGACAGUCAAGAAGAGCGUGGAUCUGGUAGCAGUGAAGCGGAUGUACCUGUCUCUGGUCCUCUUCUCCCUGCUGAGGGACACCAACGUGUGGGCCGUGGCCGACCGCUUCCAGCUCAGCAGAGGCUUCGUUCAGACUCUGCUCAGCGCCGCCUCAACCUUCUGCUGCUGCGUGCUGCACUUCACCGAGGAGCUGGAGGAAUUGUGGCCGUUUAAAGCUCUGCUGCUGGAGCUCACCCGCCGCCUCAGUUACUGCGUGAAGGCCGAGCUCAUCCCUCUGAUGGAGGUGGCCGGAGUUCUGGAGUUCAGAGCAAAGCAGCUGUACAACGCUGGCUACAGGACGCUGACCCACCUGGCCAACGCCGACCCUGCCGUCCUCUGCGGGACACUGGAGCACCUGUACCAGAAGCAGGCCAACCUGAUGGUGGCCUCAGCCAAGAUGCUCCUGAAUGAGAAGGCUGCAGCUCUGCAGGAGGAAGUGGACGAGCUGCUGACCCUGCCUGCAGACCUUCCGCAGCAGCAGCAUCAGGAGCUGCUGCUACUCUGAAACACACUUGGCUCCUUCUGGCCUGUUUCUCAUGGGUAAAUAGGAAUCCAGAAUGCAGGACCAGUGGAAGGAAGCCCACUGCAUGAGAGAGCCUCAAUGAACUGGCUCAGAAUUCCUCUACAACACUGCAACAGGCUGCUGGCUGCAAGCUCUCACUUCUCAUGCUGGUUUUCAGAAGCUAUGGAAUCUUGAGGUGAACAUAACUUCUUUCACAUUCAGCUAGAACAUUCUGGCUUGAUUUAAUAAUGUGGAGCUGAGGUUGUGUUUACAGCUAAAUGAAAAGUAAUAAGGAACAUAGCUCGUCUCUUUUGACCUGUGCAAAACCAAAAUAUGCACUGAUAGUAAAAUGGAGAAUUGCAGUAAGUAUUGACCAAAGCUGGUCAAACAUCCAAGCAAACGACUGAAAGCAGCAGAUGGAGAUUGCAAGGACCAACUCAGGCAAGACCUCUUACCAGGACUGUGGAAAGAAGACAAGCCACUGGAAAAAUCUUAUAAUAAAUCCUAACAGCCAAAUUUUAUAGCGUUUUUUCAGACACUCAAAGACACUUAUGGAGAAGUUCUGCUGAUUCUAACAGGCUGUAAGAACCCCCAUCCAGAAUGCUUUCUCUUUACAAUAUGCUUUUGUGAUUUGUUUUCUGUUCCUCCAUGGCUGAAUGUCAGAAUUCCCUCCCAGUCCUGCCUGUGUUGAAUAAAAACACAGUUCCUUCACAAAUAAAAAGCAGUUUUAUCAGUAGUAAUUUCCUCUGACUUCACUUCCAAUCUAAUUGUUUCCACAGACAGUAGCUUCAUUCAGAGUUUCUGCUGCACCAGCUCUUUACCCCAAACUCAGAAGUGCUCUUUGUUUUCCACUCAGCCAACAAGUAUGAAAUGCUAAGAGAGGGAGAAUUAGCACAUCUGGACUCAUGACUACACCCUGGGUCUCCAGUUUCACUUCCACCAUUAGGAGCAGGAAAAGGGGGUUAUGGACCUGAGACCUGCGAACGUUCACGGUUGAUUUAGAGGGUUCGGCUUGUGUAACGCCAGAAUUCCAUCUCAUUCCUCACGGGUCUCUGCAGCCCUGUCAGACAGGCUGGAGGAAAAAAACCUUGCACACACUGAAACAACCAUUGUGCUCCGGUGCUGCACACACACCAGCAGCUGUGUGUAUCGGCAGGAGAGGAUUAUAAAAAGGCUUCAGUGUUUGGCAGAGCUCCAGUCUGUGAAGAUCCGUUACCCUGGGGGAGACGGGGAAGAGGCAUGGGGUGGCCAGUGCAUGUCUGCUCCGUUGCAACCUCAGACAAGAGGCGACAAGAAUGACCUCUUCAUUUCAGACAAAAGGGGGGAAACUCUGUUUGGUCUGUGUGUGUUCAGAUGGAGAGAUAAAAUUCCUGAAUAGAAACCAGAAGGACCAAACAAAUGUAUAGAAUAACAAGCAGAACAACAUGACUUCUCCAGAGGUUUUCAGCUCCAUCAUCUUCUGGUUCAAAACGCCCACUAAAAGGUUUGGAGGACUUUUGAUCAGAGCUUUGCUUCCCUGAAUAUUGGCCUGUCAUCACCAUCAAAUGUGAGCUCAUCUGUGCACCAGGUGACCCUCCACCCCCUACACCAACAUCAUUGCCAUUUAUACCCAUCCUGUCGUCCUACCCUGGGUAACGGUGGCUCUGCAGGUAGAGUUCAGCCUGUAACCGGUGGGUUGCUGGUUCAAACGCCCCACUCAUUGUUGUGUUUUUGCCUGGUCUGCUGGUGGUGGUCAGAGGGUCCGGUGGUGCUGCGUUGCGUCUGUCAGUGUGCCCCCGGGCAGCUGAGGCUACAGUGUGGCUCACCACCAUCAGUGUGUGAAUGAAUGACUGAAUGUAGUAUGAAGCGCUUCAGAGUCAUCUGGAUUACAUAAAGCAUUCUACAAGUACAUCACUUACCCACCUUGACUUACUUCAAAUAAGGAACUACCAAAAGUAAAGAGUUGUAAAAGAUUACAUCUAUUUAAAACAGUCUUUCUAAAUCCCGAUCCUCAGGGAACACUGCUCUAGAGGAAUUCUAGUCAGAAUUCUAUUAAAUGUAACAUUUCUACUUAUUUAGACAUUAAAGAAAGUGACAUGUUUCAUUGUUGGAAAAUCUGGUUUUAUGGAUAUGGUAACAUUCAUAAUGAAAUGUGACUGUUUCACCCUUUAUGUUGUCAAGGGUGGACAGCAUCUAAACCAUUCAGGACACCAACCAAUAAGAACCGACUCUGAACACCACUUAGUUAGCCAAUCAACUGCUUGGGUCUUGUAGGUCCUCUGACUUUAUAUCAAUAUUUUUAAGCAAAGUAUUGGAGCAUAAAUUAAGGUUAAAUCUACCCAGAACAUCCUAUUGUUUUCAGUUUCCAAUUAUGUUUUUUGUAAUGAAGAUGUCCUGGUAGUACGUUAGACCACUUUUAACCAUAUGCUUGUUAUUUUUCAGGAAACACCAUUUUGUUUGUAUUUAAUUUUAGGGUUGUUUUUUUUUUAUACCAGAUUAGUUUCCAUUUCUAAUUUCAACAGAAAAGGGGAAAAUAAUCAUAAUCAUCAUACUGAAUCUUAAAAAGCUCAACUUUUUAAGAUCUUCUCAUUUUAAUAAUAAAAUGUAAACUAUAACUGGCAGAAAACUGUGACCUCAUUUUGAAAUGUAAUCUGUGAGAAGCUGAGCUGCACAAAGAGCAAACAGGAGAAUGUUCAGGAAGAGAAGGGAGCUAACAAAGAAACACAGAGGGUGGGUUACGAGGUAAUGCAUCCUAAUUGCCGCCAGGCUGCUCUCUGCAUGAGGCCCCAAUUGAAUUGUGAGUGGGACCAGUAAAGGCUAUGUUUAUGUGCUCUUUGUCCUGCAGCAGGACAAAUUUGUGCGUCUUGCUGCAUGUUGCACCUUCACAGUGAGACAGCUCUCAGAUAUGGGCAGCAGGAUGGGCUGACAUGUCUCAUUUUGAUCAAAAAAUGUGGCAGCUGUCGAAAAAUGUCAGUAUAAACUAAGAAGUAGUGUUGAAACUUUUAAAAAAUCUUUCCUUUGAAGACAUAGAGCCUAGCGUCCAUACUACCAACCUCCCAUAAGUCCUGGAGUUUGAAAAUUUCUAGUUCCACAUUCUUGUAGAAUUUUUUCUACAGAUCUUCAGUAAAAGGUCUUUGCUGACUGAGCGAGGGUUUACCCUGGGUGAGGGAGCUCCAGCCUUGUGCCUGAUGAUGUAAAGGAAGUUUUGAUUUGAAAAUAUUUUGUUUCUUUUCACUUCCUGCCUUUCAGGAAUUAUGAGCAUACACUCCCCUACACCUCAUGAAUGAUCUCAUUUGGCCUUACUCUACAGUUAAACAUAGCUCUACAUUUACCUUUAUUUACAUUUCCUACAUAUUCAUUCAGACAUACAAAAGUUUAGUUGUAAAUUACCAAACAAUAUAAAUGUGUUAAUCUGAGAUCAUAUAGUCUUAACAUUAACCAGUUUUUAAAAUGUAAAUCUUCUCCCAUUGUCUGCAGUAGAUGAAUUGAGUCAUUUCCAUGACAAAAUACUUCAGCGGUAUGUGCAAACAUAAAUUAUGGAAAUUUUACAAAUAUCAAUAAUAUGCAAAAGAAACAUCACUGGUCCCAGCACUGUACCUUGGGGAACCCCAUAUUUGGCCUCUAUGAAUACAAACGUUUUUAUUGAAAUGUCCUGUAAUUCUGUAGUAAGCUCUUUACUAAUAUAGUGCAAGUAUAAUGCUACACCUCUCCUAUUAUAGCGUUGUUUUUUCCUUUAUCAUAUUUGAAAAUCAACAACUUCUCUCAGAUCAGAUCUACCUAAAGCAUAUUCUGCAUUAUCUGUGGUAGUUGUUGUCUUUACAAAUUCCAUGAGUGCAAAGUUGCCUAUUCUUGUUCCUGUUCAAAAUCUGCUCUGUUGUUCUCUCAGAAAAUUGUUUUUCUGAACUAAAAUAUACGUUUUUUUUUUUUUAAUUUAUUUUUAUUUUUGCAGUAUUCCUUUUAGAAAACUUAAAGAAACAAGCCUGCAUUUACUGUAGCGACCUGAGUCCUGCUUGGUGUUACUUCAGGCUACUUUCUUAGUGUUAUACCCCAUUAUAUAGGUUUAUGAGGCCGUACUGUGUGUAGUUGAACAUGCUGGCAACAUGACACAUUCAUAGUCACGUAGGUCAUAAGGUCAGAAAAUGUGUAACUGCUGCUUUAAACUCGAAAGGACAUUUUUUUUCCAUCUAAACUCCUCCUCUCCUCCUUUCUUUGCCUCCUUCGCAAACAAACAGUACCAACCUGUUGGCCCUGAUGUGGGAUCAGCUUAGUGAUCUGUUCCUCAGCACGUGAAGCCGUGAAUCCUUCGCUGUGCUGUUCUCAGAUCAGUACCCCCCACCCCUACACCUUUUCCCUCCCCACGCGCGCUCUGAUCCGACAGCAGCUCCACUCCGCAGUCUUUUCCUUCCACUUCCACUCCACUUUUGAGACGCCAACCAGGCUGGCUGUUCCCACGCCUCUGCACCCUUAGAUCCAGCAAUCUGUACUGGAAUAAACGCGGAUUAAAUCACUGUUUUGGGGAUUAUGCUUUUUCCAAAUCGGACUAUAGAUGCGGGGAUUGAAUCAGAAGGAGCCUCGACUUUUUCCAGUAAAGUAGCCGUGCAGCAGAAGUGGACGUAAACUUUUAGGACUGGACUCGGUCUUACAAUGUCAGGGCUUCUGAGUGUGUUAUGAGUGGCUUUUAUGAUUUUUUUUCCAUUUCUUAUGAGAGCUGUGUUUUCUAUGUACGGUUUUCCAAGUGGAAAAGACGAGAGAGAGACUUCCACAUCUCAGGAAUUCGACGCCAGGAACUGAAGGGUCCGUGAACGCCGCAGGUAGCUAGCUAACUUGCUCGAGACUUUUAGGAUUGUUUCAAUAUCUCCUGAUAGAGGUGAGAAACAUAAUAGGCCUAAUUGUACUCAAA